CACUGUUACCUUAAAACCUACUCUCAACUGGUCAAAUAAAUAAUCUAGUUUCCAAAACUGAAAUUUUCUAUAGAAUUCUUUUUCUUUUUAAUUUUUUAUGUGUAGUACUACCAUGAAAGCGUAGACUUGAAGACCACUGUUCAAACCAAUUAAAGUCCCCCUUCGCUUCUCUCUCUCUCUCCUACAACUAUUUUGUCUUGUGAAGUGAUUCCAUUUUCAAGAUUCCACAUUUACGCCGGAGUUGUAAUUGAUACUUGACUAAUUCAUUUCAACUGGAAUAUCUGAAUCUGAGGCUCAGAUGAUAUGGGUUGAAACUGUUGAAUCCUCACUGAUGUUGUUCUAGAUGAAUUAAUCAGGUGCUCUGCUCUAUCAUUGUGGAAUUUGGUCUUACAUAUUCCAGUACAAAGAAAAUGCUAUCAAAUAAACAGUUAACGGUUACAUGAAUGCGUUCAAUGAUCUGGUACAUGUCUGCUUUGAAAGAUCGAUCUUCUUGCUUUAGCUGUAUGACAUCUUAUUGCUCCUGGCUUCAUGUGCUUUUCAGUUUGAGGUUGCAUGUUCCCAUUUAGGCUCAACUUUACCAAGGACUCAGAUUGACUCUAUUCGUUGGAGCUGAAUAGCUGAUAAUGAAGGAAAUGAAAAAAUGGUACGCAGGAGUAACCGUUGCCUCUAUCUUCAUGUUGCUGGUAUUGCGAUACACCAUCAUGCAAAACCCCCUAAGCCCUAGUUCCUUGACGGGCUCCUUGUCUUUUAAUACUACUAGUCCCUUUGAAUGGGUUAAUACUAAUCCUUUAGAAUGGAUAAGCUCUACUGGUACUCCUGAUGUUCAGAGUCCCCAGACUGCUAACCAAGUAAUUUCUGCGGAUAACCUGACCUCCAGUCUUUUUGUUUGGAGGAAUCUCACAAAAGAAGAGCGACAUUCUUUACUGACUUGGAACCAGCUAAAGCACUUGAUCAAUCAUUCUCAUGUUUUGCCAAAUGCAAUAGAAGCUACUAGAGAAGCUUCACAUGCAUGGAAUGGCCUUAUGACUGUUAUUGAAGAGGAAAAACUUCAUGUAAAUGAUAGUUCUAUUGUAAAACCGAAAGAGAAACAAUGUCCGCACUAUCUUAAAAGGAUGAAUGACUUUGAACUUAAUGAUAGUAAUUUUAGGUUAGGGGUCCCUUGUGGAUUGACUCAAGGCUCCUCUGUUACAAUCAUUGGUAUACCAAAUGGCCUUCUUGGUAACUUUCGGAUUGACUUAACUGGGGAACAGAUCCCCGGGGAGCCAGACCCACCUGUUAUACUGCACUAUAAUGUUAGGCUGCAUGGAGAUCAAAUAACAGAGGAUCCUGUUAUAGUUCAAAACACCUGGACUGCUGCGCAUGAUUGGGGUGAAGAGGAGCGUUGCCCACAUUCUGAGACGGACAGUAAUGAAAAAGUUGACGAGCUUGAUAAGUGCAAUGAUAUGGUGGGAAAGGAUGACAAUCAUACAUUAAAGGCGUUCUCGCGCGUAAAUGGUUCUAAAGGAUCUUCACAGAUUCAUGAUCGAUUCAAAAGAAGACGUUACUUCCCAUUUAGACAGAGCUAUCCGUUUGUUGCAACACUUAGGGUCGGGUCAGAGGGAAUACAGAUGACAGUUGAUGGGAAGCAUGUAACAUCAUUUGCUUAUCGUGAGACUUUGGAGCCAUGGCUUGUUAGUGAAGCUAGAAUAUCUGGAGAUUUGCAAUUGAUUUCAAUCCUUGCAAGUGGUCUACCCACAUCUGAGGAUGUGGAGCAUGUUCGUGAUCUGGAAAGUCUUAAGGCUGUUCCCAUUCCGCAUGGAAAGUCUUUAGAUCUAUUUAUUGGGGUUUUUUCUACUGCAAAUAACUUUAAGCGUCGAAUGGCUGUUCGGAGAACAUGGAUGCAGUAUCCAGCAGUGCGCUCUGGGUCAGUUGCAGUGCGCUUUUUUGUUGGUUUGCAUAAAAACCAAAGAGUAAAUGAAGAACUCUGGAGUGAAGCCCGCACUUAUGGUGAUGUGCAGUUGAUGCCAUUUGUUGAUUACUACAGCCUGAUUACAUGGAAGACUGUCGCCAUCUGUAUUUUUGGGACACACGUUGUUUCAGCCAAGUAUGUCAUGAAGACGGAUGAUGAUGCUUUGGUUCGUGUGGAUGAAGUAAUAGCUUCCUUGGACAGGAUAAAUGUCACUCGUGGAUUGCUUUAUGGGCUUAUUAACUUGGACUCACGACCUCAUCGCAGUCCUGACAGUAAAUGGUUUAUUACUAAUGAGGAAUGGCCUGAAGAAACUUACCCACCUUGGGCACACGGUCCUGGUUAUGUUGUGUCACACGACAUUGCAAAUUCUAUCUCCAAGAGACAUCAAAGUGGGCAACUGAAGAUGUUUAAAUUGGAGGAUGUAGCGAUGGGCAUUUGGAUUGCUGACUUGAAGAAAGAAGGGCUUGAAGUGAGGUAUGAGAACGAGAUGAGAGUCUACAACGAGGGAUGCAAGGAUGGUUACGUAGUUGCACACUAUCAAGGUCCGAGAGAUAUGAUUUGUUUAUGGCAAAAACUUCAAGAAACAAAACGCGCUUUUUGUUGUGGAGAUGGUAUGAGCUAAGAUUUUGAGAUAUGUAUGUCUGACAACCAACCAUUGGUUUUGCAUAGAUUUAGGUUUAGCCGUUUAGGUAGCAAAAUUCAUGAUACAUGUUUUUAGGAUUGCAUAUAUAGGAGGCAUUACCAUAUUCUUUUACCCCUUGUUCUAUGAGGGCGAGUAGUAGUUGCUUUCUAUGGGUUUCGCCAUAUUCCGGUUUGUAUCAUAUCAAGUGUAUGAGAGGGAGGAAUUACAUAUAUAUACUAUCUAAUUGUAUCCUUGUAUAGAAUUCGAAGAGGGUGUAAAAUAUGACUGUUAUAGAGUAGUAGUUAUAUGAAAUGGCGAAUACCCUUUUCUCAUAUUCUUUGUCCUGAA